AUGAAUUUAUCUAACAGUUAUAUUUUCUUUCUAAUACAUCUAAUCCAAUCGAUAGCAGCUAAUUAUGAAAAUUCGUGGGCUAAUAAAUAUCCAAAUUGUGGCGGCUUACAACAAUCACCAAUUAACCUUGAUAAAAUAGAACGAGAUGAUAACCAUUCAGUAUCAGUGAGAUUCAAGGAUUAUGAUGUUGUGCCUGACUCGAUGAAAGUAGAAAAUAAAGGACGUACUGUGCAAGUAACACCAACUUGGUAUACCACAAUACCAGCAGUCGUUAAGGAUGGCGUAUUAUAUGAAGUUCAGCAAAUGCAUUUUCAUUGGGUUUACAAUAACGAUGAAGGAAGUGAACAUAUAUUCGAAGAUAGAAAAACAGUACUAGAAUUGCACAUUGUUCAUUGGAAUCCUGCGUUAGGUGAUUUUGAUGGACAACAAGGAGAAGGAAUACUUGUCGUUGGACUAUUAUAUGAAAUUGGUAUAGAUGAUGAAGACUAUUCCAAUUUUUUGUUUAAUAUUUUAAACUAUGCAUACAAUAUUGAAGAACCUAAAUCAGGACCUGUUUAUAUAAAACCAUUUGGAUUGGAAUCAUUAUUUUAUUACAACAAUUCUACAAAAUUUUUAACUUAUAUUGGAUCUUUAACGACACCACCAUGCAGCGAAGGUGUAUCAUGGGUUGUAUUAAAUAUUCCAUCCACAGUUAAUGAAUACCAGAUGGAUCUGUUCCAAAACUUCGAAUUACAUGAUGGUGAUGAUCACAAUAAUCGUCCUGUUCAAAAAAUCAAUGGAAGAAAGCUAACUGAAGUCCCACGUACUGAUAUUUAA